CGCACGUCGUAGCCACGCCUUUCUUCCGACCCACUGUGUUUUACCGCGAACAUAGACUGGCUCGUGCUGCGUGUUUAUGGCGUCAGGACCCGAAGUUAGCAAACGCUAGGGAUUGUCACUGACAACGUUCUGUCAUGGCGAAGCAAAGCUCACUUUUCAAUUUCUUCUCCAAGUCUCCACCGCCGAUGUCUAAGCCGAAGCCUCGAGCCUACCCGUCCUCCGUCGACAAGUCCACCUCGUCUCCAAAAGAAGAAGCUAAACUACACUCGAGCAAGGCCACCAAAGUCAAACCAAAAAGUGUCGUUAAGAAUUCAAAAGGAGGAUUCAACAAACUGUUCAGUGACAAGGCGUCAACAGCCAAACAUGUGAGUUCCACAAGUGCAUUCAGUGCGGGUUCUCUUGUGUGGACAAAGCUGGAGGGGCACCCAUGGUGGCCAUGCAUGGUGGUACCUCAACCUUUGACCGGACAGCAGAUGCGAGGCCGUGGUCGGGCCCAGCGCAUACAUGUUCAUUUCUUUGAUGAACCGCCCACACGGGGAUGGGUCAGCGCCAAGUACAUCAGAGAGUACAAAGGUUCUGACAGUAGUGAUGCUAAAACUGGAGGGUUGUUUUUCAGUGGGAAGCCUAAAAUCCGCCAUGCAAUGGAGCUUGCAGACAAAGUAUUGUUUGAUAGCCCACAAAAACGAUUAAAGAUGCCUCUUUGCACAGAUCCCUCGGAUGAGGAAGAGGAGGAAGAAGAAAUGGAGCUUGAUAAAUCUACAGUGACUGAUGAUGAGAUCAGUGAUGAGGAUCAAGACAAAAAUGAGGAGUUAAAGUCAUCUGAGGUCAGUCCACGUCCAACACGGUCCAAGGGAAAUAAAGCCAAGCGCCGCCGCAUAGUCGUGGCCUCAGAUAGCGAGGGAUCCGAUGAUGAAUUCAAACCAGAGCAAGCCACAAGCAGCAGUGAGGACGAAGAAGAAGGAGUCACAGUGAGCAGUGAGGCCAAAGAAGCAGAGAGCCCACAAGAGUCUGAAGCGGAAAGCCCGAUUAAGCCUGUAAAGCGUAAACGUCCCACGGAGAAGCCUGCGAUUGCAAAGCCAAAGAUAGCCAGGACCCCUUCCAGUGCACCGAAACGAGUUCCAGCAUCUGUAGCUGUUGACACAAAGUCUCGUUUAUCUGUCUUUUCAGCCCAUGACAGCUUUGAAAGCCAAGCCAAUGGGUCAGCCACAGUUGGCGGAGCCACAAUUUGGGACCACGAGAAGCUGGAGUGGUUGCAGGAUCAUAGGAGGAAAGACAGUCAAAGGCGUAAAGUCACGGAUGAGGGAUAUGAUCCUACCACUCUGUAUGUGCCAGAAGACUUCAACAACAGAAACACUCCUGGUAUGCGUCAGUGGUGGUUUAUCAAAUCCAGGAUGUUGGACACCGUUAUUUUCUACAAAGUUGGAAAGUUCUACGAACUCUACCACAUGGAUGCUGUGAUCGGAGUCAAUGAGCUUGGACUGACUUUUAUGAAAGGGACCUGGGCACAUUCUGGCUUUCCAGAGAUUGGUUUUGCACGCUUCUCAAAUGUACUAGUCCAGAAGGGCUACAAGGUGGCACGUGUGGAGCAGACUGAAACCCCAGAGAUGAUGGAAGCCCGAUGUAAGACUCUGGUCAAGCCCACUAAGUUUGACCGUGUUGUGAAAAGAGAGGUGUGCAGGAUCAUUACGCGGGGCACCCAAACCUACAGCGUGUUGGAUGGUACUCCUGCUGAGAGUCAGAGCAAGUUUCUGUUAAGUUUAAAGGAAAAACCUGAAGAUGAAGGAAAGGGUGGUUGUUGCCGUUUCUAUGGAGUCUGCUUUGUAGAUACUUCUGUGGGCUUCUUCCAUGUUGGUCAGUUUCCAGACGACCGGCAUUGUUCACGUCUACGCACCCUGAUCGCACACUUUGCCCCUGCUGAAGUACUUUUCGAAAAGGGGAACCCAUCCGUUGAAACACGCAAAAUACUAAAGGCUUCUCUCGCUGCAGUGCUACAAGAGGGACUGAAUUCAAGCACUCAGUUCUGGGAUGCUCAGAAGACUCUGAAAACGCUUUCAGAGGAAGACUACUUUAGAACAAGUGCAGGCAAGGACCAUGGGACGGGGGGUAGUUUUCUCCCUGGUAUUCUUAAAAAAAUGACCUCUGGGAGUGAUUUGCUUGGUCUUACCCCCAAGGAGGGCUACGAACUGGCACUCUCGUCAUUGGGUGGAUGUAUCUUCUACUUAAAGAAGUGUCUUGUAGACCAGGAGCUACUCUCCAUGGCGAACUUCGAAGAAUACAUCCCUGUCGAUGUGGAAAUGGAGAAAUCUGCCAGACGAAAAAGUGUCUUUGCUAAGACACGCCAAUGCAUGGUCUUGGAUGGAGUGACUCUGGCAAACCUUGAGAUAUUUCAGAAUGGCUCUGGCGGUACAGAGGGAACGCUGCUCGAGCACCUAGACACUUGCUCCAGCCCCUUUGGAAAGCGGCUACUCAAGCAGUGGCUCUGUGCUCCUCUCUGUAACCCAAGAUCCAUCAGGGACAGACUGGAUGCACUGGAAGACCUGAUGGCUGCUCAAGCACAAGUGUCUGAAGUUUCAGACCUGCUUAAGAAGCUUCCAGAUUUAGAGCGCCUCCUGAGUAAAAUUCACAGCAUUGGCACACCACUGAAGGGGCCAGACCACCCAGACAGCAGGGCAGUUCUCUAUGAGGAGGUCACCUACAGUAAGAGAAAAAUAGCAGACUUUCUUUCAGCAUUUGAAGGUUUCCAAACGAUGCAGGAGAUUGUCAAUGUCUUUGCAGCAGUUACUGGUAACUUUCAGUCCACAUUACUCUGCAAAGUGGUCAGUCUUAAGAGUGACAAUGGUGGUCUUUUUCCUGACCUGUCUGCUGAACUCAAGCGCUGGGAGACCGCCUUCGACCACCAAAAAGCUCGUGCCACUGGUGUCAUUAGCCCAAAGAAGGGCUUUGACUCAGAAUAUGACCAGGCUCUGGUAGGCAUCAAGAGUUGCGAGCGAAAGCUACAGGAUUAUCUUGACCGACAGAAAAAGAGAAUAGGCUGUAAGAACAUGGCGUACUGGGGCACUGGGCGAAAUCGCUUUCAGAUGGAGGUGCCCGACAGCAUCUCUGAGAGGAAUAUUCCAGAAGAAUAUGAGGUGAAGUCGACAAAAAAAGGCUGGAAGCGUUACGUGACGAAGGAGUCUGAGCAGCUGUUCUACGAGUUACAAGGAUUUGAGGAGAAGAGAGACGCUGCUCUGAAAGACUGCAUGAGGAGGCUCUUCUACAACUUUGACAAGAACUACAGCAACUGGAAGACUGCAGUGGAGUGCAUGGCUGUGCUCGAUGUUCUAUUGGCCUUAACACGAUACAGCCAAGGGGGAGAUGGUCCAAUGACCAGGCCACAGGUGGUUCUCCCGGAUGGCGAUAAGCAAGUAGCACCCUUCCUCGAGCUCAAUGGUUCUCGUCACCCUUGUGUUACCAAGACAUUCUUUGGCGACGACUUCAUUCCUAAUGACAUCUACAUCGGCUGCCCCCGUGGCAGCAAGGAAGAUGACAUGCAAAAACGUCAUGCCUCCUGUGUCCUCGUCACAGGGCCCAAUAUGGGUGGAAAGUCGACUCUCAUGAGACAGUGUGGACUUGUGAUUGUGCUCGCUCAGUUGGGUUGCUUCGUUCCUGCUGAGAGUCUGCGUUUCACACCAGUCGAUCGAGUCUUCACUCGGCUGGGAGCUUCCGAUCGUAUCAUGGCUGGAGAGAGCACCUUCUUUGUUGAGUUGAGCGAGACUGCAUGUAUUCUGCACCAUGCCACCAAACACUCACUUGUGCUUCUGGAUGAAUUAGGAAGGGGCACGGCCACAUACGACGGCACAGCCAUCGCCUGCGCUGUUGUGAAGGAGCUCGCUGAAAAGAUCUGCUGUCGUACCCUCUUCUCUACACACUACCACUCCCUGGUGGAGGACUUCGCCAACAAUCCUGCGGUGUGCCUCGGCCACAUGGCGUGCAUGGUGGAGAACGAGUGUGAGGACCCAAGCCAAGAGACCAUUACAUUCCUCUACAAGUUCAUCUCUGGAGCAUGUCCCAAGAGCUAUGGCUUCAAUGCUGCUCGACUUGCCAGCCUACCAGAAGAGGUCAUUCAGUCAGGGCACAGAAAGGCCAGAGAGUUUGAGAAGAGCACCAUCAGCCUUAGACUCUUCAAGAAGCUCUGCCAGUUUGCAGAAGACCCCACACAGGACAAGUCCCACUUUGCUGCACUUGUUCAGAUGAUCCAAAGCAUAUAAUUUGGAAACCUGUUUUUGUUUUUUUCUUCCCCCCCAGCAUGUUCUAUCACACCGCAAUACGGUGUAAUAACCCUACACUCACGGUACACUACACUCCCUGCGAUCAUAUUUACAUAUGUAGUCAGUUCAUAUUAAACAACUUUUCCAGCA